AUGCUGGCUUUCAACCGGCAACAUUCCAUCUCUCCACAUUUAGAACAACAGUCAUUGGGAUCUUUAGAACAGAUUCAGGUUCUUCAGAGACCUUCAACUCCAUUUGGAGAACAUGGUUCACCAAACAGUAGGCACUUGGUGACAGGAGGAGUAUGGAAUUUCAGCCGCAUUUGCUGUGAUGUUUUUGUCACCUUGGAUGUCAUGAUGUGUACAGCCAGUAUCCUGAACCUCUGCGCUAUCAGUAUAGACAGGUACACUGCAGUGGUCAUGCCAGUUCACUAUCAGCAUGGUACAGGGCAGAGUUCCUGUCGACGUGUGGCCCUCAUGAUCACAGCCGUGUGGGUCCUGGCCUUUGCUGUGUCCUGCCCUCUCCUCUUCGGCUUCAACACUACAGGGGAUCCCAGCAUCUGCUCCAUCUCCAACCCUGAUUUUGUCAUCUACUCUUCAGUGGUGUCCUUCUAUGUGCCCUUUGGGGUGACUGUCCUCGUCUAUGCCAGGAUCUACGUGGUGCUGAGACAAAGGAGAAGAAAACGGAUCCUCACGAGACAGAACAGUCAAUGUAUCAGUGUCCGACCUGGCUUCCCUCAGCAGUCUUCCUGUCUGCGGCUGCACCCCAUUCGGCAGUUUUCAAUAAGGGCUCGAUUUCCAUCAGAUGCUACAGGACAAAUGGGACAUACAGAAGAUAAACAAUAUCCCCAGAAAUGUCAAGACCCUCUCUUGUCACCCUUGUAGCCUCUGUCUCCUGGCCGGGCACACAUGGAGCUGAAGCGUUACUAUAGCAUCUGUCAGGAUACUGCCUUGAGACGGCCCAGCUUCCAAGAAGGAGAAGAACGGAAAAGAGAGGAGAGGGUGCAGAACUCCCUGAGCCCCACCUUGGCACCUAAGCUCAGCUUAGAGGUACGAAAGCUCAGCAAUGGCAGGUUAUCAACAUCUCUGAAGCUGGCUCCCUUGAACCCUCGAGGGGUCCCGCUUCGGGAGAAGAAGGCAACCCAGAUGGUGGCCAUUGUGCUUGGGGCCUUCAUUGUCUGCUGGCUACCUUUCUUCUUGACCCACGUUCUUAAUACCCACUGUCAAGCUUGCCACGUGUCCCCAGAGCUUUACAGAGCCACAACAUGGCUAGGCUAUAUGAACAGCGCCCUCAAUCCUGUGAUUUAUACCACCUUCAAUGUGGAGUUCCGCAAAGCUUUCCUGAAGAUUCUGUCUUGCUGA